CUUCUUCCCACAAACACGGGAUCGAUCAGCAUUCAGCCCAAUUCCAAACUCCACAACAGAGAAAUCACAGAGUACAUACGGAUCAGUGAGCAACAACAAAAAGAGAAGAUGGCCGGUGCAGCUAAGGCGUCGUGGAUGGUGGCGAUGAGCGUCGGCGCCGUGGAGGCGCUCAAGGACCAGGCCGGACUCUGCCGCUGGAACUACGCGCUCAGGUCCAUCCACCGGGCCGCCAAGGCCAAGGCCAGCGCCCGCGCCGCCGUCUCGCAGGGCAAGAAGCAGCUUCCUGCCUCCGCGGCGGCGGUGACGGAGAGGCGGCGAGCGGAGAUGGCCGAGGAGGGGUUGAGGACGGUGAUGUACCUCAGCUGCUGGGGACCCAAUUAGUAGCUGCUAGCUUGCAAUUGGCAAUGACUAGCUAGGUGUGUUUGCUGCAAGCCUGCAACAACCAUGGCCUGAAACUGGUUCUUGUUAGAUUUUUAGGACCUCUAGUUGUUGCAUCUAGUGAGUAGUUGCAUCUAGUCUAACCGGGACAACAGCAAGAGGGAAACAAUGGGUGCAUACCGUCGGGCUUCGUCGACGAGGAGCUCGCCAUGGCGGCGACGGAGGGGCGGCGGUGAUGUCGGUGGAGCUUCCCGCCGCUACAGCGCCUCACCAGAUCGGGUGGCUUAGGGUUUGUGUGUGUCGGUGGGGAGGACGGCAGCGGACGACCUUGGCGUCCAUGCCCCGGCCCCCACCUCUUUUAUAGGGCGCUGACGACGGGGGCCCACCAACCAUGUGGGUUGGGCGCCCCCGAUCAGGGCGCGAGACAAGGUCGUGAUCGACCGUUGGGUCGAUACGUGGGAGAUCAACCUAACAUUCUCCCCCUUGAUCUCAUCUUACUUUAAUCUUAAUCUUAGACUUAAACUUUUCUUGGUACCCAUUUUAUCACAGAUUAGUAUAUAGAGCAUGUCUCGUCAUGAUAGCCAGUUACGCACCAUCAGAUUCAACAGCUACUACACACCU